AUGCGCACACAAGCUUUCGUUCUUCUGGCUGUCGCCGCCGUUGCUCUUGCUGGUGACCCACCGUCCGGCUACCUGCCUCCCUCUAAAGACCCGAAAAGAUGUCUCGAAAGACUCGACGAAUUUCCCAAUCGCUCUGGAACACGUCUCGAUAUCCUGGACGGCCGUUGUGUCAAGGCUCGCACGUACAAGGGCAAAUACGGCCCUUACAAUGGCGACCACUUUUUUGAGGCGUGCUGCAAGAACAAAAAGGGAGAGUUCACGGAGCCAACGUGGGUCAACCUUGACCAGUGUAUCAGCUACGACACAUUUUUCGGGGAGGUUGAAGCCGGAAAAAAGGGUGGAAGCACAGUCAAGGAUAAGUGCUCCAAAUGUGUGGUUGGGGAUGAUGGGAUGGGCAUGACCUCGUUCACGCCUUUCCUUAAGUGUCAUUGCAAGGGCGACGACGGAAAGGACGCAGAGUCCAAAAUAAUUCUUGGCUCGGCGACCUUCGAUAAAGAUAGUUUCUGGGUCAAUGACGAAGGCAAGCUCCAAUGUGGAGGUGAAGAGGAUUACGACUGGGACUCUUGGGACAAGCAUGAUGAUGAUGACGACAAGUGGGCUGUCUGA